AUGGAAACCGCUGCCUGUCUUGUGGAAGCGAACGAGCCUGUCUAUCCGUUGGACAUCGUACGGGUUAUGCGAGAUCAAAGAGCGAUGGCCAUUCAGACCGUGGGUCAAUACACAUUUGUAUGCGAAUCGAUUCUACGUGCUUACAAUGAUGGCAUUAUAAAACCAUUAGCUGAAUACCAAAAACGCGCGAAACUCUUCGCUGGAUUGAAUGCAAGUUCUUUCUUUGCUGUGCAUAUUGAAGUCGUUCUAUUCACAGUGUACACAAUCAAAAAAACUAACAAAAUUGAUGGACAACGACUCGAAAAGGCUAUGAAGAACCGUCCAGGGCUCAAUCCAGAACAAAAUGCUCUCUAA